UCGCUCUGCGCCUGCGCGCUCCGCCGGCGGCGAUGGCGGUGAGGGGCGGCUGCGGCCCCUCGCUGCUGGUGCUGCUGCCCUGGGGACGGCUGUCGGCCUGGCUGGAGUGCGUCUGCGCGGUGACCUUCGACCUCGAGCUGGGGCAAGCCCUGGAGCUCAUCUACCCGCCGGACUGCGGCCUGACCGAGAAGGAGAGGACCAGCGUCUGCUACCUGGCCUUCCCCGACUCCUACUCCGGGAGCCUCGGGGACACCCAGUUCAGCUUCCGCUUCCGCCGGGCCGCGGGGCGGCGACAGGCGGCGCUGGAGGGCGACUCGCCGUGCAGCCGGGAAGCCCCGCCGGGCCUGCAGCCGGAGCCCGCCCACUUUUUCGGCUACGUUUACUUCCGGCAAGUCAAGGACAGCUCGGUCAGAAGAGGCUACUUCCAGAAGUCCCUUGUCCUGGUGUCUCGCCUUCCCUAUGUGAAUCUGUUCCAUGCUCUGCUGCACCUCAUUGCACCGGAAUACUUUGAGAAGCUCGACCCAUGUCUGGAGGCAGUGUGCAGCGAGAUCGACCAGUGGCCGCCCCCUGUGCCUGGCCAAACGCUGAACCUCCCAGUGAUGGGGGUCAUAAUUCAGGUGAGGAUUCCCUCCCGGGUGGACAAGCCCGACUCCUGCCCCAUCAAGCCGCUGAUUCUGGAGAACCUCCUGCCAGCUCCCCUCGUCCUCCCCAGUGUUUCUGAACUGGACCUCUUCAGGUGCUUCCAGUCGGUGCUGGUCCAUAUUCAGCUGCUGUGGGAGCUCAUUCUGCUCGGGGAGCCCCUGGUUGUCGUGGCCCCCUCUCCCGCCAUGUCCUCCGAGGUGGUCCUUGCCCUAGCCAGCUGCCUCGCGCCCUUGAAGUAUUGCUGCGACUUCCGCCCAUACUUUACUAUUCACGACAGCGAGUUCAAGGAGUACACAACACGGACGCAGGCCCCCCCCAGCGUGCUCUUGGGAGUCACAAACCCCUUCUUUAUCAAGAUGCUGCAGCACUGGCCCCACAUCCUUCGCCUCGGGGACCUCCGAAUGGCCGGGGACUUGCCCAAGCAGGUCAAGUUGAAGAAACUUGCCAAGUUGAAAACCCUGGACACCAAGCCAGGACUUUACACGUCAUACAGAACAUUCUUGCACAAGGACAAGACGUUGAUCAAGAGGCUCUUGAAGGGCAUCCACAAGAAGCGCCCAUCCGAGGCCCAGAGUGCCCUGCUGAGGCGCCAGCUCUUGGAGCUUACCCAGAGCUUCAUAAUCCCCCUGGAGCACUACAUGGCAAGCCUCAUGCCUUUGCAGAGGACCAUCACCCCAUGGAAGACUCCCCCUCAGAUCCGCCCUUUCCAUCCGGAAGACUUCCUGAAGACCUUGGAACAUGCUGGGCCCCAGCUCACCUGUAUGCUCAAGGGCGAUUGGCUGGGCCUCUACAGGCUAUUCUUCCGGUCACCCAACUUUGAUGGCUGGUUUCGCCAGAGGCACAGAGAGAUGAGGCACAAGCUGGAUGCUCUACACCUGGAGGCCAUUGGUGAAGCGAAUAUCAGGGCCUGGAUGACAGACAAGUCUGAGGCAGAGGCUGUGGACAUGGUGCUGAAGCUCCGUGAGAAGCUGGUGCAAGCCAGGAGCCAACACCUCCCUGUAAAAGAGGAGACGCUGCAGUGCGUGUGCCAGCACAUCAGCGUGGUGGUCAGGUCGCUGCCCAAGGAUCUCCAAGCCAUUCUGUGUCACCAGUAAACAGCCAGUGCCAACAGAGUGGGGGGAGUUUGGUGGGUCAGAGUUAGGCGGGAGGGGGCUUGCCCUCUGAGCCCUGUGGUGGCCCUGUUGCACUGGUUAGGUGUGAGCAAUCCUGGGCUGCAAAUGAAGAAGUUGCCUAGCCUGUAUGGAAGCAGAGUGGCACAGUCGGUGUUGGUGUGCGUGUGGGUUUGUGUGUGAUGUGCAGUGGUUGUGCAUUCCCAAGAGAAGGUAAUAAAGCUUAAAUUAUCAGAA